AUGAAACAAUUAAAAAGGCAAAUAGAACGAGACGGCUCCGGGUUCGUCGUCUUAAUAGCAGAAGAAGCUGAAGACAUGUGGCACGUAUUCAAUUUAAUUCGCGUUGGCGACGUCGUUCAAGCGUCCACAAUUCGAAAAGUCGUCUCGGAAACGUCAACCGGCACGACGUCAUCGCAAAGAAUUCACACAAUGCUCACCAUCGAGGUGGAGAGCAUCGAUUUCGAUCCUGGAGCCCAACAGCUUCAUCUCAAAGGCAAAAAUAUCGUUGAGAAUGAUAUUGUGAAAAUGGGAGCUUAUCACACGUUGGAUUUGGAACCUCAUCGAAAAUUCACAUUGAGAAAAGCCGAAUGGGAUUCGAUAGACAUUGAACGUUUAAAUACCGCUCUGGACCCGGCUCAAAACGCAGAUGUCGCCGCCGUUGUUCUUCACGAAGGACUGGCGAAUGUCUGUUUAAUAACCCCCGCAAUGACGCUGACCCGAGCAAAAAUUGAUAUGGCAAUUCCCAGAAAACGAAAAGGAUUCACAUCCCAACACGAAAAAGGUCUUGAAAAAUUCUACGAGGCCGUUUGUGCGGCAUUCAUGCGUCAUGUUAAUCUAGAUUUAGUCAAAUGUGUAAUUGUUGCUAGUCGCGGAUUCGUUAAAGAGACUUUCAUGGACCAUUUAAUGGCAUAUGCGGCUGCGAAUGGCAAAAAGAUCACCACCGAACAACGGGCAAAAUUUCUACUAACUCAUUCAAGCAGCGGAUUCAAACACGCGUUAAAAGAAGUUCUAGAAACACCUCAAGUUGCCGCAAGAUUGUCAGAAACCAAAGCUCAAGCUGAAGUCAAAGCCCUCAAUCAAUUUUUGGAGUUAAUGUCAACGGAGCCCGAGCGCGCCUUCUACGGCUACAACCACGUGAACACGGCCAAUAAGGAAUUGGCCAUCGAGACUCUAUUGCUCUCCGAUUCGCUAUUCCGCUCGCAAGACAUUGAAACUCGCCGAAAAUACGUGAAGCUUGCGGAAAGCGUUCGCGAGCAGAAUGGCAAAGUGCACAUCUUCUCAUCAAUGCACGUCUCCGGCGAGCAGCUCGCCCAGCUCACCGGCUGUGCGGCAAUUCUUCGAUUCCCAAUGCCCGAUCUUGAAGACGAACCCCUAUCCGAUGAAGAUUGA